ACCCCCAGCCAACCAGCCAGUCCUCGUCUCCAACAUGAUAUAGCCUACCAAAUCUUACAUUUCCACACUUCUCUUACUAACAUCAGACAAAACUAAACACUUCUCACCGGCCGGCAUGUCGAACCGACAAAUUUUCCGGCACUGUCAUUCCUCAAUCGUCUCCUUUCUAACUCUCCUUAUCUUCAUUUCUCCAUGCAAAUCAGAUGAUCUUCAAAUUCUUCUAAACUUCAAAAAUUCCCUCAAGAACUCAAACACUACUGUUUUUCAUACAUGGACGGAGCAAAACUCCAUCUGUAACUUCACCGGAAUAGUCUGUGAUGGUGAAUUUGUCAAGGAAAUUAAUCUAACUGAACAGAAUCUUGAAGGUGUUGUUCCAUUUGAUUUGAUCUGUCAGCUUCAGUAUCUGGAGAGAAUUUCUUUAGGGUCAAAUUUUCUGCAUGGGGUGGUUUCUGAUGAGUUGAAGAAUUGCAAGAAUUUGCAGGUUUUGGAUUUGGGGUUGAAUUUGUUUUCUGGGGAGGUUCCUGAUUUGUCUGGUUUAGUUGAGUUGAAGAUUUUGAGCUUGAAUGGUAGUGGUUUUUCGGGUUUGUUUCCAUGGAAAUCGAUCGAAAAGCUUGAGAAUCUUGAGUUUCUGAGCCUUGGUGAUAAUCCAUUUGAUGCUACAGUUUCGUUUCCUGUUGAGAUUUUAAGUCUCAAGAAAUUGUAUUGGGUUUAUCUUAGUAAUUGUAGCAUCAAGGGUCAGAUUCCUGAUGGAAUUUCGAAUCUUACUCUGCUUCAGAAUCUUGAACUUUCUGAUAAUUUGUUAUUUGGAGAAAUUCCAGCAGGAAUUUCCAGGCUUAGUAAGCUGACACAGCUUGAGAUUUACAAUAAUUCCUUGUCAGGAAAAAUUCCGGUCGGAUUCGGGAAUCUGACGAGUCUUGUUAAUUUUGAUUGCUCAACAAAUCAGCUUGAAGGUGAAAUUGGAGAAUUGAGAUUCUUGAAAAAUCUUCAAUCUUUGCACUUGUUUGAAAAUCGAUUCUAUGGCGAAAUUCCCGGGGAGUUUGGUGAACUAAAGUACCUGACAGAAUUCUCUCUUUAUACAAACAAGUUCACCGGUUCAUUACCCGAAAUGCUCGGAUCUUGGUCGGAUUUCUACUAUAUUGAUGUUUCGGAGAAUUUGUUGACAGGCUCUAUACCAUCAGAAAUGUGCAAGAAUGGAAAAAUGACUGAUCUUCUUAUUUUGCAGAACAGGUUCACAGGUUCAGUUCCUGACAGCUACGCAAAUUGUAAAUCUCUGCUUCGUUUUCGCGUAAAUAACAAUUCGCUCUCCGGUUCAAUUCCUGCCGGAAUUUGGGGUCUGCCAAUGCUGAAUAUAAUUGAUCUUAGUAUGAACCAAUUUGAAGGCGUUAUAACACCUGAUAUUGGUAAUGCAGAGUCUUUAGGAUCAUUGAUUUUAGCUAACAAUCAAUUUUCUGGUGAGUUACCUGAUGAAAUUUCAUCUGCUUCUUCUUUAGUUUCCAUUCAGCUGAGUUCAAAUCAAUUUUCUGGGAAAAUCCCAGAAAAUAUUGGUGAACUGAAGAAGCUUAACAGUUUUUAUUUGAAUUCAAAUCAGCUUUCUGGUACUAUACCAGACUCAUUAGGCUUAUGUGUUUCUCUUGCUGACAUUAAUCUUUCUGGCAAUUCAUUUUCCGGGGAAAUUCCGGAAAGUCUCGGUUUUCUGCCUACUUUGAACUCUCUGAACUUAUCAUCCAACAAACUAUCCGGUCAAAUUCCGAUUUCUUUUUCAUCUCUAAGACUUAGUAAUCUCGACCUGUCGAAUAACCAGUUGACGGGUCUCAUACCUUAUUCUUUAUCCCUCGAGGUCUUUCGUUCAGGAUUUGACGGGAAUCCGGGGUUAUGCAGUAACAGUUUGAAGAGCAUUCGAUCUUGUUCAUCAUCGUCAUCUAGUGUCGGAAAUUCGAGUCACCUUCGAGUACUUUUAUCCUGUUUAGCAGCAGGAUUGCUAGUUUUAGUCAUCUCAGCGGGUUAUUUAUUGUUCGUAAAGUCAGGAUCGAACGAUCUCGAUGACCAUCCGUUAAAGAAAAGUUCUUGGAACAUGAAAUCGUUCCGAGUACUAAGUUUCAGCGAAAGAGACGUCGUUGAUUCGAUCAAAUCGGAGAAUCUGAUAGGCAAAGGAGGAUCAGGAAAUGUGUACAAAGUUAUGCUAGGAGACGGAAAUGAACUUGCGGUGAAACAUAUAUGGACAUCGAAUUCUACGGAUCGAAGGAGUUUCCGAGCCAGCUCAGCUAUGCUAAGCAAGAAAAGCUUCAGAUCAUCGGAAUAUGACGCUGAGGUGGCAACACUGAGUUCUCUCAGACAUGUCAAUGUGGUGAAGCUAUAUUGUAGUAUAACCAGUGAGGACAGCAAUUUACUUGUGUAUGAAUAUUUACCUAAUGGGAGUUUAUGGGAUCAACUACAUUCUUGUAAUAAGAUACAUAUGGUGUGGGAAUUGAGGUAUGCAGUUGCAUUAGGAGCUGCAAGAGGCUUGGAGUACUUACAUCACGGAUUCGAUACGCCGGUAAUUCAUCGAGAUGUGAAAUCGAGUAAUAUCUUGCUCGAUGAGGAGUGGAAGCCUCGGAUUGCGGAUUUCGGACUUGCUAAGAUUGUGCAGGCAAGUAAUGCUGGAGAUUGGAGUCAUAUCAUUGCAGGCACUUAUGGGUACAUGGCUCCUGAAUAUGCAUACACAUGGAAAGUGAACGAGAAGAGCGAUGUGUACAGUUUCGGAGUAGUUCUAAUGGAAUUGGUGACAGGAAAAAGGCCAACUGAACCCGAAUUCGGAGAAAACAAAGAUAUUGUGCAUUGGGUUAGCACCAGAAUCAGAACCAAAGAAAAUGCAAUUGAUUUAGUGGAUUCUAGCAUUUCAGAAAGCUUGAAAGAAGAUGCCAUCAAAAUCCUGAAAAUCGCUGUUCACUGUACCGCGAAGAUUCCGGCUCUAAGACCGACAAUGAGAAUUGUUGUUCAAAUGCUUGAAGAAGCUGAACCUCAUCAGCUUUCAGACAUUAUUGUAGUCAAGAAAGAAUGUGGAAAUAGCACCACCACCAUGUUUGAUUUGAGUAGUUAAAAAUCUUACUUGCUGUAAUAAACUUGUAAUUUCUUAGUAUUAGUUUUAGAUAAGAUGAAGAACAUUUGAGGAGCUAGGAACAAGAAUUGUAGUAAUAGGAUUGGGAUUCUCAGGCAGCAAAAGAAUAACAUUUUUGCCUUGCAAAUGUAAUAUAUUUCUUAUGGUAGUCAAUAACUAGUUGUGUCAAAAAUAAAUGUAUCUUGACACGAACUAAUACGUAUCAUGUCGCGUUUGACACAACAUGUUAUCAAUAAAUAUAUUAAAUAUUUCGUGUUUA